AUGGGAUUUGUGGUGGGGAUGCUUAAAGAUAUGAAGAAGGAGAUCAUUCAAGUUUUCAAGAAUAAGGAGAAGGAUUUCAAGCCCGUGAUUGAUAUUAUAGAUGGGAAGUCCAAGGAUCGGCUCUUUUCUCCCUUGCAUAUGGCUUCUUACGACCUCAACCCUUACUAUUUCUAUAGGGAUGAUGUAGUGAAGAACUGCAAAAGGGCGAAAGAUGGAUUUCUAGAUGUGGUGGAGUUGUUCUAUCCUGAUAUAGAGCAACAAGUUAAAAUUCAUACUCAAGAGUUGGAGAGAUACAGAUCUACUUGGUGGUAUUUGCAUGGUGGUGAUUGUCCCUUCAUGCAAAAUAUGGCUAUGAAACUUCUCAACUUGACAAGCAGCUCUUCUGGUUGUGAAAGGAAUUGGAGUACAUUUGAGGGGAUUCAUACGAAGAAGAGAAAUAGAUUGGAAUCGAAGAGGUUAGAGGAACUGGUCUAUGUGAAGUUUAACUCAAAGCUCAACCAGAAGAAGAGGAGAGGAGAAAACAAGAACCAACUACUAUCUACUGAUCAUAGUAAGGCACGAGCAUGGAUCCUAGAAGGAGCAGGCUCCGAUGAUGAGGAAGAAGUUUAUCCUAGCUCAGGCCUUACUUGGAGGAUGGUAGAGGGUAUAUCGGGAGCGGCUGAGGCUACGAAGAAUAGGAGGAGUUCUAGGCUAGCAGGACCUUCAAGUGCUUCUACUUCAGUGAUGGAUGAUGAAGAAGAGCCUCUUGUCUCGGAUGAUGAUGUUUCAGACGAGGAGGAGGAUCGUGUGGAGAUGGAUUCUAGAGAGGAUAGUGAUGAUGGAGUAUAG